AUGUCCAUGUCCUCUAUGGAACCCGAUACUCUGCCCACGCCUUCAUCAUCGUCACGGCCAAAAGGAACACCUUCAAUUACGCCUCGACGCUUUAAUCGCUUCUGGCAACCGAGACAGAUCCAGACUCAGCCGCUUCCAAGGUAUAGGACUGCUCUUGGUAGCUUGGACGAGACUGCAACCAACCAGCAACCCACCUCACCUCAAUCGCUCUUCAGUGAUCCUGUCUUGCCCUCUUCUCCAAGUGAUAGAUUCAAUGAUGAGUCGCGGAAGAGAAAGCUCCAGACAGACCCUUCUGAGGUCGAGGCUGAAUUCAAAAGGCCAACUCUAAACCUGGAUGAUAUGCCACCUCUUCGAUUCAAUGUCACGCCUAAUUCAAGCAGAACGAAUGACAGCAUUAAUAACGAAGCUCGGGCUUCUGAUAGUUUUAUGCAAACUCCAAUUAGUUUGGAGACCUUGGAUAGCUGUAGAAAAGCUACUCUGAGCAAUUUCUUCAAAACUAGCCGAGGAGUUGCUAGAACACCCAAAAAGACACCUGCUCUUAGUAAUACCCCCAGCUUUGUUGAAGAACUCGAGCCCGAAAACGAACUAGCCAACUACGCCCCCCAACCUAUUCGAAAAUUCGGCAAUCGAGGCGUCGCAUCUCAACUACUCAACCGCGAGCAUGGACUUGGAUACUCAGCCGGCCAAACGCAUCUUCAUACACCCGCCUAUGAUUCCCGAGCCGAGACAGCCAGGUUCUACAGCCGUUGCAUCGAUUCGUACGAGUGUCUUGCUCCCAGCGGCAGUCGCACCAUUCCCUUCUGCCUCGCAAGUACUCACAACGCCCCCGUGACGGCUGUCGGCGAUGAAGAAGGUUGCGUUAGGUUCUUCGACACUUCUCCAAACGAUGAUCUGAGCGAGGAAAAGGAUCUGGGCGUCCACUCAGUCCAUGACAAUGCGAUCUGGGACAUGGACUUUUCCAACGACGACAUGCGCCUUGCGACUACGGCUGGAGAUGCUGCUCUUGUGAUGGAUGUGACGACCAAAACUAUCGCGGCCAGGCUCUCGGAUGGUCAUUACAACUCGACUCGACAGAUCGCUUGGCAGAAGCGCCAGUCUGUUGGCAACGUAUUGACCACGUCAGACAAGGCUGGUCGUAUCCGCCUGUGGGAUUUGCGUUGCCCUUCAUCUCAUGUCAGAAGUUUCUCGACAUUUAGUCGUAGUGAGACAGGUCGUCGAACUGUCACUAUGCGAGAUGAGAAUAUCAGACCCUUCCAGGCGUCCACUGUCAACACCCUCGACAACACUCACGAGCGUACCGCUCAUGGAAAGACAUCUCCCGCUUCAGUUACUGCCAUCCAAUGGCUUCCUGAGGGUCGCGAACAUCUCCUACUUUCCGCCUCAGAAGCAGAAGCUGUUGUUAAACUCUGGGAUCUCCGAUACAUCAACCGCCGACAUCAAGAGAAGAGUACGCCUCUCUCUUCAACAGCUGUACCUUCCAACCACGCCUGGCGCUCAUAUGGUAUCACUUCUCUGGCUCUCAGCAGCGAUGCCUCCCGUAUGUACGCAGUGUGCAAAGAUAACACUAUAUACGCCUACUCCAUGUCCCAUCUCAUGCUCGGUCACGCCCCUGAACUCGAAGAUCACGCCACGAAGCGAAGACCUAUUGCUUCCCAAGGUCUUGGGCCUCUAUAUGGUUUCAAGCACGACUCUUUUGCCGCUCGAACAUUUUUCGUAAAGUGCAGUAUGCGACACAAGGGUCUCUCCCACUCCUCCGAUCUGCUUGCUGUUGGCAGUUCCGAGUCUUCAGUCGUCCUCUUCCCCACAGACGAACGAUAUCUCCGCUCAGCCUGCGCUCAACGUGCCCAUCUCCUCGACCCUCCAGGCUCAGCGCCUACACCCUCCCGCUCAUUCUCAUCUACUGCCGGCGCCGAACCCACCUCAUCCACCAUCCCCAUCUUCCGCAACGGCACACCACUUAUCCACGGCCACUCCCGUGAAGUGUCAAACGUCAGCUGGAGUUAUGAUGGCAAACUUGUCAGCGCGUCUGACGAUUCCGUCGUUCGCCAAUGGCAAGAAGACGAAGGUCGGGCGCGGUAUCUCAGACAAGUUGGUGAUUUUGGUGGCGAGCGGUACUUUGCAGGCUGGGCUGAUGUCGGCGAUGACUGGGAUAUUGAGGACGAUGAGUGA